AAUUAAUUAAUAUAUUUAUUUAUUUUUUAUUUUUUAUUUUUUUAUUUUUAUUAUUUUAAAAUUAUUUUAAUUUUUUAUAUCUCUUUUUGGGGGUUUUUAUCAAAUUCUGAAGAGCAUGCAUUUUUUUUCUUCUCUUUUUAUCCUUUCUUUGCCAACGUUUCCAAAAUGAGAAGUCAAAAAAAUUAUCUCUUCAUGACAAUCCCCACUUUCAAAAUAUGUGUCCGCCCGCCCCCCACCGGAUGCUUAAUAAUUUAAGUUACUCAUAGUCAACAUAAAAGAAGCCUCCUUCCAACUCUCAGCCAUGUUCUAUAUGCUGUUACUAGCAGGCACACCCUCUUCAUCCAUCGACCAAAAGAUGGAGACCUGGUUCAUCAUCAUCGUCUCUCUUUGCAUCGCUGCUCUCUUUAAGUCCCUCUUCAAUCUUCUCUCUCCCACCAAUCCUAAACCCAGCAAAAUCAAAGGCAAGCUCCCUCCAGGACCCUCCAGUACUAUUCCCAUCAUUGGCGACUUCCUAUGGCUUGGGAUAUCCUAUCCAGAAGUCGUAUCCAUUCUUCGGAAUCUGCACACUAAGUAUGGACCCCUCGUCUCCCUCCGCUUUGGCUCUCGCCUGACAAUCUUCAUUGCCAAUCAUUCCCUUGCCCAUCAAGCCUUGAUACAAAAUGGCGUUGUCUUUGCUAAUCGCCCUGCAGCUACUCCAGUUGGCCGAAUCUUUAGCAGCAACCAACAUAACGUCAGCACCGCUGCCUACGGCCCUGUCUGGCGCCUCCUGCGCCGCAACCUCACCUCCGAAAUACUCCACCACUCACGCGUAAAGUCCUAUUCUCAGACUCGCAAGCGGGUCUUGUGCAACCUUGUCAAUCUCCUCAAGACUAACCAAUCUCAAAAAUUAGGAGAGCCAGUUCCGGUGAUGGACCAUUUCAAGUCUGCCAUGUUUUCCUUGCUUUCUUUCAUGUGCUUUGGUGAGGAGCUGGGGGAGAAGAAGAUAAGAGAUAUCGAAGAUGUGCAGCGUCAAAUCCUACUAUCCUCUGAACGAUUCAAUAAUAUCAAUAUACUCAAUGUCUGGUCUAGAUUGGGAAAGAUUUUAUUUCGUAGUCGUUGGAAAGAGUUAAUGCAGAUACGCAAGAGCCAGGAAGACGUAUUGAUUCCUCUAAUAAGAGCCAGAAUGAAACCCAAACUUGAGGCCCAACGGAAGAAUAUGCAAGAUGGAGAAGGUAAGAAUGAGUCUGUCUUGUCUUAUGUCGAUACUUUUAUCGAUCUUCAGCUGCCGGACGAGAAGAGAAAGCUUAAUGAAGCAGAGAUGGUGAGUCUGUGCUCAGAGUUUUUGAAUGGCGGUGCCGACACUACGUCAACGGCGCUGCUGUGGAUCAUGGCCAACCUGGUGAAGUACCCACAUAUUCAAGAAAAGCUUUUCGCAGAGAUUAAUGGGGUUGUGGGAGAACUUGGAGGAGGAGGAGGACCCGAAGAGGUGAAAGAGGAGGAUCUGCAGAAGAUGCCAUACCUGAAAGCUGUGAUAUUGGAAGGGCUGAGACGGCACCCUCCAGGCCACCUGCUGGUGCCCCACACUGUGACUGAAGAUGUGACAUUGGAUGACUACGUUGUGCCAAAAAAUACUGUUGUACAUUUCAUGGUAGCAAACAUAGGGUGGGACCCAAAGGUGUGGGAAGAUCCGAUGGCUUUCAAGCCCGAGAGAUUCCUAUCGACCGGUGGGGAUGGGGGGGAACUAUUUGAUAUAACAGGGAGCAGAGAGAUUAAGAUGAUGCCAUUUGGCGCGGGGAGGAGGAUGUGUCCAGGGUCUGGUCUGGCCAUGCUUCAUUUGGAGUACUUUGUAGCUAAUUUGGUGUGGCAUUUUGAAUGGAAGGCUGUGGAUGGAGAUGAGGUUGAUCUCUCUGAGAAGCAAGAGUUUACAGUAGUGAUGAAGAAUCCAUUGCAGGCCCGCUUGUCUCCAAGGCUGAAAUAAGGAUGGAAUUCAUCAAGAAGUGCUGUCCGUCGGUGUCUAGUAGAUUUCUCCUAAUUUCUAUUUUGUUAAAAAAUAAAGGCUGUAUCAUUGUCAAGUUGGAAAACUACGGAAGCCUGCAGUUAUAACUUGAUAUGCUGUUUUUUGUUUAACUCAGCUACCACAAGGAAAUCACUGAAUUUUUAAUUUCUAGUGCUUUUAUCUGUCAA